GCCCGCGGGCGGACGGGAGAUGCCGCUGCUACACCGAAAGCCGUUUGUGAGACAGAAGCCGCCCGCGGACCUGCGGCCGGACGAGGAAGUUUUCUACUGUAAAGUCACCAACGAGAUCUUCCGCCACUACGAUGACUUUUUUGAACGAACCAUUUUGUGCAACAGUCUUGUGUGGAGUUGUGCCGUGACGGGUAGACCUGGACUGACCUAUCAGGAAGCACUUGAGUCAGAGAAAAAGGCAAGACAGAAUCUUCAGAGUUUUCCAGAACCACUAAUUAUUCCAGUUUUAUACUUGACCAACCUUACCCAUCGUUCACGCUUACAUGAAAUUUGUGAUGAUAUUUUUACAUAUGUCAAGGAUCGAUAUUUUGUUGAUGAAACUGUGGAAGUCAUUAGGAACAAUGGUGCAAGGUUACAAUGUAGGAUUUUAGAAGUCCUCCCUCCAUCACAUCAAAAUGGUUUUGCUAAUGGACAUGUCAGCAGUAUAGAUGGAGAAACUAUCAUCAUCAGUGAUAGUGAUGAUUCAGAGACACAAAAUAGUUCUUUCCAAAAUGGGAAAAGAAAAGAUGCAAUUGAUCCCUUAUUAUUCAAGUAUAAGGUGCAACCCACUAAAAAAGAAUUGUACGAGUGUGCUAUUGUUAAAGCAACACAAAUCAGCCGGAGAAAACACCUAUUUUCUCGUGAUAAACUAAAGCUUUUUCUGAAGCAACACUGUGAACCACAAGAUGGAGUCAUUAAAAUUAAGGCAUCCUCUCUUUCAACAUAUAAAAUAGCAGAACAAGAUUUUUCUUAUUUCUUCCCUGAUGAUCCACCCACAUUUAUCUUCAAUCCUACUAACAGAAGAAGAGGAAGACCUUCCAAACGAGUUAGUCAGGAGGGCAGCAUUUCUAGUAAACAAACUGUUGCAGGUCAUAGGAACAAAGCUACUAAAGAAAGAGACAAACUUUUGAAACAAGAAGAAUUGAAGUCACUGGCUUUUGAAAAGGCUAAAUUAAAAAAAGAAAAAGCUGAUGCCCUAGAAGCAAAGAAAAAGGAAAAGGAAGAUAAAGAAAAAAAGAAGGAAGAAUUGAAGAAAAUUGUUGAAGAAGAGAGACUGAAGAAGAAAGAAGAAAAAGAGAGACUUAAAAUAGAAAGAGAAAAGGAGAGAGAAAAAUUACGUGAAGAGAAGCGAAAAUACAUGGAAUACUUAAAACAGUGGAGUAAACCUAGAGAAGAUAUGGAAUGUGAUGAUCUUAAGGAACUUCCAGAACCAACUCCAGUGAAAACUAGACUACCUCCUGAAAUCUUUGGUGAUGCUCUGAUGGUUUUGGAGUUCCUUAAUGCAUUUGGGGAACUCUUUGAUCUUCAAGAUGAGUUUCCUGAGGGAGUAACCCUAGAAGUGUUAGAGGAAGCUCUUGUAGGAAAUGACAGUGAAGGCCCACUAUGUGAAUUGCUUUUUUUCUUCCUGACUGCCAUCUUCCAGGCGAUAGCUGAAGAAGAGGAGGAAGUAGCCAAAGAGCAAAUAACUGAUGCUGACACCAAAGAUUUAACAGAGGCUUUGGACGAAGAUGCAGACCCCACAAAAUCUGCACUUUCUGCAGUUGCAUCUUUGGCAGCUGCAUGGCCGCAGUUGCACCAGGGCUGCAGUUUGAAAAGCUUGGAUCUUGACAGCUGCACUCUUUCUGAAAUCCUCAGACUGCACAUCCUAGCUUCAGGUGCUGAUGUAACAUCAGCAAAUGCAAAAUACAGGUAUCAAAAACGAGGAGGAUUUGAUGCUACAGAUGAUGCCUGCAUGGAGCUUCGUUUGAGCAAUCCCAGUCUAGUGAAGAAGCUGUCAAGCACUUCAGUGUAUGAUCUGACACCAGGAGAAAAAAUGAAAAUACUUCAUGCUCUCUGUGGGAAACUGCUGACCCUAGUCUCUGCUAGGGAUUUCAUUGAAGAUUAUGUUGAUAUAUUACGACAGGCAAAACAGGAGUUCCGGGAGUUAAAAGCAGAACAACAUCGAAAAGAGAGGGAGGAGGCAGCUGCUAGAAUUCGUAAAAGAAAGGAAGAAAAACUUAAGGAACAAGAACAGAAAAUGAAAGAGAAACAAGAAAAACUGAAGGAAGAUGAACAAAGAAAUUCAGCUGCAGAUAUAUCUGUUGGGGAAGAAGAAAGGGAAGAUUUUGAUACUAGCACUGAGAGCAAAGAAAUAGAGCGAAAGGAACUAGAUCAAGAUACAGUCACUGAAGAUGAAGAUGACCCAGGAUCACAUAAAAGAGGCCAAAGAGGGAAAAGGGGGCAAAAUGGAUACAAAGAAUUUACAAGGCAAGAAGAGGUCAACUGCGAAAUAAGAGAGCCUCUAACUACUGAUGAGGAAGAAGCUUUAAAACAGGAACACCAACGAAAAGAAAAAGAGCUCUUAGAAAAAAUCCAAAGUGCCAUAGCAUGUACCAAUAUCUUUCCCUUGGGCCGUGACCGUAUGUAUAGGCGAUACUGGACUUUCCAUUCUAUUCCUGGAUUGUUUAUUGAAGAGGAUUAUUCUGGUCUCACUGAAGACAUGCUAUUGCCUAGACCUUCAUCAUUUCAGAAUAAUGUACAGUCUGAAGAUCCUCAGGUAUCCACUAAAACUGGAGCAUCGUUGACAUCUGAAUCUACCUCCAGCAUUGACCAAGGUCUAUGUGAUGAUUCUGUGCAGCUGCCAAAACCAGUGUGUAAGCCAAACCGGUGGUGCUUUUACAGUUCUUGUGAACAGCUAGACCAGCUUAUUGAAGCUCUUAAUUCUAGAGGAUAUAGAGAAAGUGCCUUAAAAGAAACUUUGUUGCAAGAAAAAAACAGGAUAUGUACACAGCUAGUCCAUUUUUCUGAAGAGAAACUUCAUUUUUCAGACAAACCUCAAACUGAUGGCAAACCUACAUAUAGUCGGGGAAGAGUUUCCAGUGCAUGUGAUCCAUCGCAGAUGUCUGCAGAAAGGCAGCUUGAAUUAAGGCUGAGAGAUUUUCUUCUGGAUAUUGAGGACAGAAUCUACCAAGGAACAUUAGGAGCAAUCAAGGUUACAGAUCGACACACAUGGAGAUCAGCAUUAGAAAGUGGACGAUAUGAGCUGUUGAGUGAGGAAAACAAGGAAAAUGGGAUAAUUAAAACUGUUAAUGAAGAUGUAGAAGAGAUGGAAAUUGAUGAACAAGCAAAGGUCAUAAUAAAAGACAGACUUUUGGGCAUAAAAACAGAAACACCAAGUACUGUCUCAACUAAUGCAAGUACCCCACAAUCAGUGAGCAACGUGGUUCAUUAUCUGGCAAUGGCACUUUUCCAAAUAGAGCAGGGCAUUGAGCGGCGUUUUCUCAAAGCUCCACUUAGUAACACAGAAAUUAAUAAAGAUCAAAAGGGAAAUAGAACAAAAAAGGACAAGAAAAAGAGAGAGGAAGAUCAAUCUAGUGUGAGACAUGAUGCCAGUGACAGUGGGCGUUCUUAUAAAACAGUCCUGGACCGUUGGAGAGAGUCUCUCCUUUCUUCCGCUAGUCUGUCCCAAGUCUUUCUUCAUCUCUCCACCUUGGAUCGUAGUGUUAUAUGGUCUAAAUCUAUACUGAAUGCUCGUUGCAAGAUAUGCCGAAAGAAGGGUGAUGCAGAAAAUAUGGUGCUUUGUGAUGGAUGUGACCGGGGUCAUCAUACCUACUGUGUUCGCCCAAAGCUCAAGACUGUGCCUGAAGGAGAUUGGUUCUGUCCAGAGUGUCGGCCUAAGCAACGUUCUAGAAGACUCUCCUCUAGACAGAGACCAUCCUUGGAAAGUGAUGAAGAGAUGGAAGAUAGUAUGGAAGGUGAGGAUGAUGAAGUUGAUGAUAAUGAUGAAGAGGAUCAAAGUGAGGAGGAAGAAUAUGAGGUAGAACAAGAUGAAGAUGACUCUCAAGAAGAGGAAGAAGUCAGCCCACCAAAACGAGGAAGACCACAGGUUAGAUUGUCAAUUAAAACAAGAGGGAGACUUGGUUCUUCUUUCUCAAGUCGUGGCCAACAACAAGAUCCUGGAAGAUAUACUUCAAGGAGUCAGCAGAGUACACUCAGAACAACUGUUUCUUCUAAAACUACUGGUAGAAGCCUAAGAAAGAUAAAAUCUGCUCCUCCUACAGAAACUAAAUCUUUAAGAAUUGCCAGCCGUUCUACUCGCCAGAGUUAUGGCCCGUUGCAAGCAGAUGUAUUUGUGGAACUACUUAGUCCUCGUAGAAAACGCAGAGGCAGGAAAAGUGCUAAUAAUACACCAGAAAAUAGUCCCAACUUCCCAAACUUCAGAGUCAUUGCCACAAAGUCCAGUGAGCAAUUAAGAUCUCUUAAUGUUGCUUCAAAACUUUCUCUCCGAGAUAGUGAAUCCAAGAGAAGAAGCAGAAAAAGACAAUCUACAGAAUCAUCUCCUAUGACACUGAAUCGAAGGAGUUCAGGCCGACAGGGAGGAGUUCAUGAAUUGUCUGCUUUUGAACAACUUGUCGUGGAAUUGGUUCGGCAUGAUGACAGCUGGCCUUUUUUGAAACUUGUUUCUAAAAUCCAGGUCCCAGACUAUUAUGACAUCAUCAAAAAACCCAUUGCCUUAAAUAUAAUUCGUGAAAAAGUGAACAAAUGUGAAUAUAAACUAGCAUCUGAGUUUAUCGAUGAUAUUGAGUUAAUGUUUUCGAACUGCUUUGAGUACAACCCUCGUAACACAAGUGAAGCAAAAGCUGGAACUAGGCUUCAAGCGUUUUUUCAUAUUCAGGCUCAAAAACUUGGACUCCACGUCACACAUGGGAAUAUGGAUCAAGUUAGCACACCACCACCUACAAAAAAGUCACGAAUCUAAAUUUUGUCCUUCUAAAGGCUGUAUUGAGAAAAUAAAUUGUUCAUAAAAAUGGAACAUUAAAUCAUACUCUAAAAGCAGACAUAUGUAUAAAGCAGUAACAACUGAUUGACCACAUUGAAGUGUGGCCUGCACUAUAUUCUCAAUUUUAAUAUUAAGCACUCAGGAGAAUGUAGGAAAGAUUUCCUUUGCUACAAUUUUGUUCAGUACCUAAAAGUUUGAUGUACUGGAUACAGUACUGGUUUACAGAGAUUUUUGUACAUUUUGAGAUCGUUCAUGUGUCCCAAUAUCUUGAAAAAUGUUUUUCAUCUAUGACGUAUUUUGUCAUUGAUGAUUUUUUAGAAGUGUGGUAUUAAGGGAGAUUUGUCUACAUAGAUAGAUCUUCUCUUACAGCACAGUUUAGAAAAAAAGUGUAUGUCAAGAAUUGUUUAAUGAGCACAUUCUUUCAACACUACACAUGAAUGAAUCCAAUUUUAUAUCCUUGAAGUGCUAUACCAGUGCUGACUGGAGGUAUUAAGUCUGAGUUUAUUAACUAGAUAUUUAUUUAGCAUUCAGAGUAAUUUGUGAAUUUGUUUUGUAUUUAUAAAAUUUGUACCUGGAAAAUGUUCUUUAAUUUUUUUAAACAUUUUACUAUGUUUUUGUUUUAUUUCUCUAACUUCUUUAAUGAUCAAUCAAUAAAAGGUAAUACCUUCCCUUUUCCUUGACAGUUCUUCAGUUUUACAGAACUGUAUUGUAAGUUUCUAUAUACAACUUUUUAAGUGUACAAAUAAAAUGAUACUUUUUUUUUCAAGUA